AUGACAGCAAUACCAAGUCGUCAAUUAGGAAAAAAUGGACCACAAGUAUCGGCCAUUGGUUUUGGAGCAAUGGGUCUUUCAGCAUUUUACGGAGCAAUUGCUUCUGAUGAAGAACGUUUUAAAGUUCUUGAUCGAGUGAUUGAAUUGGGUAGUACAUAUAUUGAUAGUGCAGAUAGAUAUGGUGAUAAUGAAGAUUUACUUGGAAAAUAUUUUAAAAAAUAUCCUCAACAACGUGAAAAGGUUUUUCUCGCAACUAAGUUCGCCAUUGUCGUUCUACCAGACGGAACACGAACUGUCCGAGGAGAUGCUCAAUAUGUUCAUGAACAAUGUGAAACAAGUUUAAAACGUCUUGGUCUCGAUUGUAUCGAUCUUUAUUAUGUUCAUCGUAUUGAUAAGAAUACACCAAUUGAAGAAACUAUGGGUGCCUUAAAAGAACUUGUUCAAGCAGGUAAAAUUAAACAUAUUGGUUUAUCUGAAUGUUCAAGUGAUACUCUUCGACGUGCUUAUGCUGUUCAUCCAGUUGCAGCUGUACAAAUAGAAUAUUCACCAUUUAGUUUGGAUAUUGAACAUGAAAAUAUUGGUCUUCUGAAAACAUGUCGAGAACUUGGUGUAGCAAUCGUAUGUUACUCACCAUUAGGUCGUGGUUUAUUAGGUGGACAAAUCAAAAGUCCAGAUGAUCUUGAAGAAGGUGAUUUUCGACGUCAUCUUCCUCGUUUUUCAAAAGAAAACUUUCCAAAAAAUCUUCAACUAGUCGAUACAUUAUCAUCGAUAGCUAAGAAAAAAAACUGUACAACUGGCCAACUUACAUUAGCUUGGAUUCUUGCUCAAGGAGAAGAUUUUUUCGUAAUACCAGGUACAACAAAAAUAAAGAAUCUUGAAGAAAAUGUUGGUGCUGCAGGAGUGAAAUUAAGCAAAGAAGAAGAACAAGAAAUUCGAAAAGCUUGUGAAAAUGCAGAUAUAGCUGGUGGACGUUAUCCAGAAUCACUUAGUGCCUCAUUAUUUGGUGAUUCAGCACCAAAAAAAGCUUAA